AUGCGGCGCGUUGCAUCCUCCAUGGGAGGCUUAACGCAAUGGCGAUGGGGCAGUAGAGUUUCGUGGAAACGCCAGGUGUUGAUUGCCUCGACUGCGCUCAGUGAAUACCACUUGAGAUCCAUUUCCGCACUGUCGCCAUCCUUGUGGACUUGCCGGCGCUUGUUUCACCAGGCGACUCGUCUUCGGCUGGAGCCGUCAAAGGGAGUUUCUGCGGCGGAGGGGACAAAUACGUUCAGGACGGAAUGUCCACAAGGGAAAACCAAAGAAGAAAGGCGCAAGACACAAAAACAACAGCAACCGAGGCGCCAGGAAACUGCGGUGAAGGAGAAAAUUCAGCCGACAGAGGACUCCAUUGUGUCAGCAGAGGCCUUAAGCAAGAUUCCUGUAUACCGAGUGGUGAGUCAUGUCAUGCGGCACUUGUGGCCGCCCGGGCAGCCAAUGUAUCGUGUGCUGGUUGUCACCAGUGUGAUUUGCGUUGUCACGGCAAAGGUUCUGAAGGUGGCGGUGCCUUUUUGGUUUAAGAUGGUCGUUGACGCCCUCGCGCCCGACCACAACGUUGCCAAUGCUGUGGUCGUUCUUGGCCCAUUGCAGCUUGGCGUCUUUGGGAUGGUCGCCGCGUACGGCAUCACUCGGCUGACAGGCUCGCUCACAGAAGAACUCAAAUCCGCACUUUUUGCUCCUGUUGGCAGCCAUGCAUCUACUACAAUUGCCAUGGAGAUGUUCCGAAAACUGCAUUCUCUGGAUUUGAACUUUCACUUAAGCCGUGAGACGGGAGUUAUAAGCAAGGACCUCGAUCGCGGAAGCCGUGCAUUCUGGUCCCUUGCCUAUGCUCUGCUAUUCUUGGUUAUUCCCACAGCAUUUGAGGUCAUGCUUGUUUGCACGGCACUACAAACUAGCGCGGGCCUUAGUUUUAUCGUGACGGCUUUAUCGGCUGUUUUUUCGUACAUUGGAUGGACGUACAUUGUCUCCAACUGGCAUGCAGUAUACCGUGAACGGUACAACAAGGGUGAUAGUCGUGUUGGUGGACUGACGGUUGAUUCACUUCUCAAUUAUGAAACCGUGAAGUACUUUGGGAGAGAAAAACAUGAAGAGGAGCGUCUUUUUCAUGAGACGAUUAAGACGAACCGUGAACUGGCACGGAUAGAUCAAACGAUUUCGGUCUUAAAUUUUGGUCAACAAUCCAUAUUUGUGCUUGCUGCGUUAAUGUGCUUGUACCUUUCAACGUGUGGUGUCGUGGCUGGUGCAAUGACAGUGGGAGACAUGGUGCUUGUGGACGCACUGCUGAUGCAGCUGUAUACACCGCUUAGCUUUCUUGGUAUGAUCUACCGUGAGAUACAAACAUCAACGCAGAACAUGCAGGCCAUGAUCGUUUUGCUGGACAUUGAAAGCGCCGUCAGGGAGAAGCCAGACGCGCGCCCAUUGAAGCUAGGCUCUGGUACCAUUGAGUUACGGGAUGUGUGCUUUCACUUUAACAAAAAUAGCGAGGGGAAAGGCGUUCUCCACCGUCUUUCUCUCACUAUUCCGGGUGGAAGCACCGUGGCCUUUGUUGGCCCGUCGGGCAGCGGAAAGAGCACCAUCUUCCGGCUUCUUUAUCGCUUCUAUGACCCUUCCUCCGGUCUGAUUCUCAUCGACGGUCAGCCGCUGACGGAUCUGCAACUGAGUAGCGUUCGCAAGGCCAUUGGGGUGAUUCCGCAGGACACAGUUCUCUUUAACGAAACGGUGCGGUACAACAUCCGCUACGGCCGUCUAGACGCGACGGACGAAGAAGUGGAGGAAGCCGCUCGUAUGGCGAACAUCCACGAUAGCAUCAUGAGUAUGAGCCAGCAGUACGAAACACCCGUGGGGGAACGCGGGCUGAAGCUCUCUGGCGGAGAGAAACAACGUAUAGCCAUUGCACGCGUUAUUCUCGACGACCCCCCGAUACUGCUGGCUGACGAGGCAACCUCGGCGUUAGAUUCGGCGACGGAAAUACGUGUGAUGCAGCAGCUGCGCGAGAGGGGUGGGAAAAGGCGCACCAUAAUCCUUAUUGCACACCGUCUCACAACCGUUAAGGACGCCGACAAAAUUUUUGUCUUGGACGGCAAGGGAGGUUUGGCGGAGAGCGGCACUCACGAGGAACUUUUGGGAAAAUGUGGCCUUUACGCUGAGUUAUGGUUCCGACAGUUGCACGCUGCAGGGCCGGGGGAGGAGGAGGAAGAGGAGUUGUAG